AUGGCGCUUCUCUAUCGCAACCGUCCUCCUCCUUUCUCCAUGUCCCUGAGACAAGCAUUCUCAGGAAGGGUCCGAUUUUCCGCCUCAGCCGUUAAUAUGAAGGUGGAAUCCAGUGCAGCGGGCAGCAGAGGUACCGCCAUUCUAUGGUACAAGCACGACCUUCGCAUCGAGGACCACCCUGGGCUCAUCGCUGCCUCUCAGCACAGCUGCGUUUUGCCUCUUUACGUGUUCGACCGCCGUAUACUCUCGCGAUUCUCGGAUGAAAUGCUAGAACUUCUCAUCCUUGCUUUGGAGGAUUUGAGGAAGUUGCUAAAAGAGAAGGGGAUUGAUCUAAUGAUUAGGUUUGGGAGGGCAGAGAUUGUCAUUGGUGAAUUAGUCAAAGAGGUAGUCCAAGCCUGCAGAGUUUUUGUUGAAGAUGAGGUGGAGUAUGAGCUUCGUGCAAUGCUAGAUAUUUUUAAGGAGACACUUUCGACUUUAUCUCUUGAGGAAGGGAACCUUAAAAUUGUGACUUGGACCACUCCAUUUUACGAUGUGAAGAGUUUGAAGGAUAUCCCAUCAUCAUUUAAUGACUUCCAGAAGCUAAACCUUCCCGUUACCUCUCCAGUUAUGCCACCAGAAUUGCCUGGGAUUGCUAAAAAUUUGUCCUGGGGUACAAUUCCCACCCUGGAUGAUGUAAAAGAAUAUAUUGAUGAUAUUUCUGAUGGUGGCAACACAGAAAAGGAAUGGACUGAAAUAAACAAGUUUUCUGCUGAAACUCUUCUUCAGAGGAAAAAGGUAAGAGGAAAUCCUGACUUGAAGCCAUUAGAACUGCUAGAAUCUGGUAGUAAGGCCUCCAAGAGAAAGAGAUCAGAAAAAUCAGUAUUUGUAACUAGCCAAGGGAGCUUUGUCGGAGGUGGAUCUAGUUCUGUGUUGAAUGGUCUAGCGGGAUAUCUACGAUACCUGGAAGGUACUGCUCGAGAUGAAUGGCAAGAGGUACAUGAAAAGCUACGUCUUGCUGAAAAAAGAGAAGGCGCUUCAUUUCAGGCCCUUUUCGGUUCUGCCCUUCUACUUGGCAUUAUUUCCAGAAGAAGAGUGUAUUUUGAAGCGGUUAAAUAUGAAAAAGAAAGGAAUGGUGGGUUCUUAUCCCCAUUUGGUUAUUCGACUGCUACAGCGGCUGCAACAAUAAAUACUGUGACUUCCAUGGAGUGGUACUGGCUUCUGACAUUGAGAGACCUAAUAAAUGAGGCAGGAAAUUUCUCGAUUAGAAUAUGGCGAUGGAGGAAUUAUUUAAUCCAAUACACAACGGCUGGUCAUGAAGGUCCGGCUGUUCUACUUGUACAUGGCUUUGGGGCGUUUCUGGAGCAUUUCCGAGAUAAUAUAUAUCCCAUAGCUGAAGCUGGAAAUAGAGUUUGGGCAAUCUCACUACUUGGCUUCGGCAAAUCAGAAAAACCAAAUAUCAUAUACACUGAACUCGUAUGGUCUGAGCUGCUUCGGGACUUUAUAAUUGAGGUUGUUGAGGAGCCUGUCCAUCUGGUUGGGAAUUCAAUUGGUGGAUAUUCUGUUUCUAUUGUCGCUGGUCUUUGGUCUUCUGUAGUCAAGUCUGUUGUCCUUAUGAACAGUGCUGGCAAAGUUAGUCCUGAAUAUUCUCCUUCGGGCUAUUCAAAAGAGAGGCAAAGUUCGGGAGCAGGGUGGUUGGGUGCUAGACUCCUUUUGUUGUACUUAAGGUUCAAUAUCAGGAAUAUACUGAAGAGAUUCUAUCCAAUAAAAACCGAUAGAGCAGAUGAUUGGCUCACAAACGAGAUGAUUAGAGCUUCCUAUGACCCUGGUGUGAUUUUUGUUCUGGAAAGCAUCUUUUUCUUUGAUCUUUCACUUCCUCUGAAUUACCUUUUGGAGGGAUUUGAAGGGAAGAUCCUUGUAAUACAGGGCAUGAAGGAUCCACUAUCCGACAACAAGUCGAUGUUGGCUAUGUUUAGGGAGCACUUCCGAGGUGUUACGAUAAAAGAAAUAGACGCCGGGCAUUGCCCACACGAUGAGCUGCCAAAUGAAGUGAACUCAAUCAUCAAGGAAUGGAUUGCCACUCUUGAAUCCCAGGGGUCUCCUGUUGCCUCAAAACAGUUGCAGUUAUAA